AUGACUGGCCGUGGCAAAGGUGGCAAGGGGCUUGGCAAGGGAGGUGCUAAGCGUCAUCGUAAGAUCCUUCGCGACAAUAUUCAGGGAAUUACCAAGCCAGCUAUCCGUCGUCUCGCUCGUCGUGGUGGCGUCAAGCGUAUCUCAGCUAUGAUCUACGAGGAAACUCGUGGUGUUCUCAAAUCAUUCCUCGAGUCCGUCAUCCGUGACGCAGUCACCUACACCGAGCACGCCAAGCGCAAGACUGUCACAUCGCUCGAUGUUGUAUAUGCGCUAAAACGUCAAGGACGUACUCUGUACGGCUUCGGCGGUUAA